GAUUUCCUCCCAAAUUAAUAAUUUAUUAAUAAUUAUAAAUCCCUUGGCGUUCUUAGUCCCGAUAAUUGACUAUAAAAUAAGAUUCUCCCUUUUCUCCUUUUCUCCUUAAAAUCAAGAUUUCGCUGCACUUACACGUGAUUCACGUAUGUGUGACUUCAUAACGAGAAAAUAUUUUACUCUCAGAAUAAUAACGAGUAAUAUUUUCAUCAAUAGAUCUUAAUUUUUCAGUUGGGCAAUGGCACUUGAACAAUAUCAAAGAGAAUUUAUAGAGUUCUUAAUUUCACAAGAAAUUUUAAGUUUCGGUUCGUUUACAUUAAAAUCUGGUCGUAUAAGUCCAUAUUUUUUGAAUACUGGAAAAUUCAGUACGGGAGAAUCAUUAUCAAAAAUUGGUAAAUAUUAUGCAAAAACCAUAGAAUCAUAUUCACAUGAACUAGCUUAUGAUGGAAUAUUUGGACCGGCAUAUAAAGCCAUACCAUUAAUAUCUUCAACAGUUAUAGCAUUAUCAGAUGUAUUCAAAAAAAAUAUACCAUAUUCAUUUAAUAGAAAAGAAAUAAAAGAUCAUGGAGAAGGCGGUAAUAUCGUUGGAGCAUCUCUUAGUGGAAAAAUAUUAAUUAUUGAUGAUGUUAUUACGGCUGGUACUUCUAUUAGAGAAAGUUUUGAAAUCAUUUCAAAGCAUGGAGCGAAGGUCUCUAGUGUUCUUAUCGCUGUCGAUAGACAAGAAAAAGGAACUGGACAUAAAUCUGCUGUACAACAAAUCGAAAGUGAUUUUGGUGUUCCUGUUAAAGCUAUUGUUAAUUUAGAUCAAAUUAUUGAAUAUAUUGAAGAGAAAGGUGAUUAUGAUGAACACUUAAUAAAGAUGAAAGAAUAUAAAGCUUUAUAUGGGGUAUAAAGUAUAAUUAUUGAUAGAAAAAAAAAUUAAAUUAAUAAAAUUACAAAGUUCUUCUAAU